CGAACAUUUCUGAAAUCCUUUUAUUUUACCGCUCGCUGCACAAGGCCUUGCCGAUCUCAAUAGAACCGAGCUCUCGGCCGCGUUUCCAGGAAGAAGCGACGCCAUUGGCUGUUUCUCUCAGUCCAGGUCCGCAGAAGUGCAUCAUUUGUCGGUCUGCUCAUACACAGCGCGCUUUCACUGGCCUCAUGAUUUUUGAUAAGCGCCGGUGAGCCAGCCGAGGGAAAGGGGGGCAAACUACGACUGCUCCCUUUGACGCCGCCAGCGAACAACAACAAAAAAAAGAUAAUAAACUAACACGCGGGCGACUGUUAGAACAACGAAGCGGCGGUCGCGUUUUCAUCGCAGUUCCCAUUUUUUUCAGCGGGUCGCGCCUUUUGUCUCGCUCGAGGUAGCGUCCGGUCCUUUGUCCUUUUCACCGGCUUUUUCCAGCAGCCGCAAAUUAGGUAGUCCUUCUGGCAGACGGGAUGAUGUCAGGUCGCGUCGUCUGCUCUAGAUGACAGAAGGACGGACCUAGCGAUCGUCUGCUUCUGGUUAAGGACUAGUCAACGCGUUAGUCCUAACUCGGCACCGAUGUGCUUCCUGCAGAAGAUGAAGUCUCGUUGUGCUACGACGGACAGAAGACGUUGAUUCGUCGUCGUCUUUGGUGUCGUCUGUCUCGUCUCUCCUAACCCUAUCGGACGAGGCUUGGCAUGUCGUCCGGGAUUCGCUAAUUCGUCAGCGUGGUCAGUCUUGUCAUUCCUGACCCUUUGAAACCAGGCUUAGCACGUCUUCGGAGAUGUCGUCCGUGGUUAUCUGGUUGAGCGUCUGCUACUGCGUCGUGGUCACAGCGGCCGAAGAAACCGACUGCGGUUUCGAGAUGCCCGGGGAUGACGUCACCCACAGGAUGGGAUCCGAAGGCUGGAGCUCGGUGCCGACCGUCUCGGCUGCCGUCGUGUCGACGAACAGAACUUCAAGACGCGACGACGUAGGACUACCAGUAGAUCGCCGCCAAGGCGAUGGCGUUUCGACGAACGUCACGAAUGUCACUACAACGACCACCACCACUACGGAGUUGCCGUUUCUACUGGAUGUAGCUCCGACUAUCACGUCCUUACUCGAAAGGGACGAGUCUGUGGUAUUGCCCGUGGCGACUACGGAAGAGUCGGCGACUUCAACUACGGAAACGCCGCUGACAGACGCAAAGCUGGAGCGGGACUUCUUGCAAAGGGAAAAGCGGCAAGAUGAAGAGGAGGAGGAGGAAGCUGAAAAGUUCAUCGCCAAGCCCGAGCCGUGCGACUUCGGGCAAGCCGAGGAGUUGAGCCUGUGCGACUGGACGAACUACUUCAACGCGACGCCCAAGAUGGCCUGGAAGCCCGGCAAGGGAGACACGGCCCUGUGGCUCGGGGGACCCAGGACAGACCACACGCUCAACACCGGAGAAGGCGGCUACGUCUUCUUCGAGACGUCGUACCACGAGCGACCUAGUCCGAGCAUCGUGAGUUCUGGCGACGCGGCGUCGUCCGGUGGAGGCGGCGACGCCGGCAUGGCCGCCGGUGCGGGAACCGCGGACACACCGGCGCCCACGGCCUCGGCCGCAAUCACCACGCGUGCGCCGGAAGUGCGCCAGUACCAGUACGAGUCCGUGGUUCUCGCCACCAGGAACAUCACGCCCACGGGUCCUAUGGGCUUCUGCGUGAGCUUCUUCUACGCCCUGGAAGGGCUGAGCGUCGACCGCCUCAAGGUGGUCAUCAUGGACGCCGAGACGCAGGACAACAUCACCGUCUGGGAGAGCCAGGACAACUACGACGGACGAUGGACCAAGGGCGAGGUGGCAUACACCUACGGCGACGUCCAUCAGGUGUGGUUCGAGGCGGUGCCCAAGCAGCGCGGGGACCCUGCGCGCAAGUUCCGAGGCUACAUUGCCCUGGACGACAUCCUCUUCGACCGCAUGGAAGAGGCCGGGGACAACUGCCUCGGUCACUGCACUUUCGAAGGCGGCUACUGCGGCUGGCAGAACGCCGACACGGACGACGACUUCAACUGGGAACAGGGACGGGGCAGCCAGAGCUUCCUCACCGGACCAUCCAGGGACUACAGCUCGUUCGGAAAGGACGAGAUGACCGGCGGAUACAUAUUCAUCGAUUCGACCUUCCCCAGAAGACCCUUGGACCGGGCGAGGCUGAUCAGCCCAACCUUGAAGGCGACGGGUGCCAACCUUCCCAUGUGCAUGCGAUUCGCCACGCACAUGUUCGGCAACGGCAUCGGAACGCUUCGAGUGCUACAACACGCCGAGGGCGCCGAGACGCCACCGCGACCCAUCUGGGAGAUCUCCGGAGAGGCGGGCAAUAGCUGGCACAUGGCGCAGGUGCAAGUGGCCACCACGGAACCAUUCACGCUGAUUCUCGAGGCCACCGUGGGCGCCAACUCCCUGGGCAACAUCGCCAUCGACAACAUAUCCUUCAGGGUAGGCACGUGCCCUAUUUCACCACAGACGGCUGCCAGGAAUUCAGGUGAUUGCAACUUCGAGGAGGACACGUGCGGCUGGACCAACCCUCACCCGGCCGACGGUUUGGACGACCUGGACUGGACCCGCCAGUACAGCUACGGGGUCAACGGGCCUCCCGCCGACCACACCAAACGAAAGCCGGACGGCUACUACAUGAACCUUGCCAGCUCGAGCCACCUGCCUCAGCGGGGAGGCUCCAAGGCGUGGCUGGUGAGCCCAAAGCUGGGGCCGGACACCACGCUUCCGCGGUGCAUCUCGUUCGCGUACUACAUGUUCGAGCGCACCAUCGACCCGGCGGGACCGAGCCUGGGCUCUCUGCGGGUGCACGUGCUCCGAGACGCGGCCCCGGGUCUCUUCUCGCUGCAGACCGUGUGGAGGCUGAACAACCACCAGGGUCACCGCUGGCUCGUGGCCAGGUGCCCCAUCAAGCUGCCCGACGGGAAUCCCAUCAACGAGGCCUACCAGGUGGUGCUCGAAGGCAUCUGGGGUCACGGAAGGGUCGGCUACGUGGCAGUGGAUGACGUCAGCUUCUUCGACGGCGACUGCAACACGUUUCCCGAAAAAGCCAAGGCGAUUCCGGGCGAAUGCUCCUUCGAGCGCGACAUGUGUGGCUGGACCAAUCACACGGAGACGGCUCCGACGACCAACCUGGUGGGGCGCGUGGGCUCGGCUCCCAGGGACUCUCUCACCUGGAGGCUGGCGUCGGUGGUCAGCAGGCCGGCCAACCUGCAGGAUCACACGUAUCGGGCACCGACUGGCUACAUCUUCUUCGACAUCUUCAACCAGAACUCGGUGCAGAACCCGGUCCUUCGCAGCUCCACCAUCCCGGCGCUCGAAGGCCAGACCGAGCGAUGCCUCAGCUUCUGGUUCGCUCCUUUCGGCCGCGGCGAGUCUUCCACGCUGAGCGUGUUCCAGGCGCCCGAGGCGCCCCCCGCGGGCGACGACGGUGGCGCCACCAACGGAAACGCGGCCGCACCGCGAACUCUUCUGUGGCGCCUGUCGACGCGUCGCAUGGACACCAGCCGGCCAGACUGGCGAUACGGACAGGUCAAGGUGGCCGCCGAGGCACCGUUCAAGAUCCACUUCGAAGGGGAGGCCACGGACGGAGGCUUCGCGCUGGACGACAUCACCAUGUACGAAGGGAACUGCGAAACGCGGCCACCUUCUGCCAUCAUCCCUGCUGCAUCAACGGACGUGUGAAAGUCGACGGUCCGCUCCACAUCCGGGUAUCAUCAGAGCCAGCACCAAACAAACGUUUCACAGUCGUCGAACAAAAGCUUUCAUAUGCACACUCAGUCUCAUUACUUUAGAUUUAAGAGCAAAAAAAUGAACUCACACGGUCUUUUAUG